AGUCCCGGCUCCGAUAGGAGGGAGUCCGACUGAGUUCCGGCGACUAUUUUUAUACACACACAACGCAAGCGUUCCUCUGAGAAUCUGAGUUCCGAUGGCCAACUCUCUGAAGAGGUUAGUAUCCUGCGUUAUCUUCGAUUUGGACGGCACACUUCUUAAUACAGAUGGUGUGGUGAGUAAUGUGUUGAGGGUUUUCUUGAGUAAAUAUGGGAAAGAAUGGGAGAGGAAGAAAGCUUUAAAAGCUGUAGGAAAGACGCCUCUGGAAGCUGCAGCUUCUAUUGUGGAGGGUUUUGGGCUUCCUUGUGGAAAGGAUGAAUUUUUGGCUGAAAUCACCCCAAUCUUCUCUGCUCAGAUUGGCAAUAUUAAAGCUCUUCCGGGUGCUAAUCGAUUACUUAAACAUUUGAGUCGUAAUGGUGUGCCCAUGGGUUUGGCAUCAAACUCCCCAAGGAAAAGCAUAGAAUCCAAAAUUUCAUAUCACCUUGGCUGGAAGGAAUCCUUUUCGGUCAUCAUUGGUGGUGAUGAAGUGACUACUGGGAAGCCAUCUCCUGAAAUAUUUCUGGAAGCGGCUAAAAGGCUGAAUAUGGAACCUUCUAGCUGCUUGGUCAUUGAAGAUUCUGUGCCUGGUGUUAUGGCUGGUAAGGCUGCUGGAAUGGAGGUGGUAGCGGUGCCAUCUGUUCCAAAACAAACUCAUCUUUUCACAGCAGCAGAUGAAGUUAUCAACUCCCUGCUUGAUUUGCAACCCGAAAAGUGGGGCUUACCUCCUUUUCAAGAUUGGGUGGAGCGUACUUUGCCUAUAGAACCUUGGUAUAUAGGGGGUCCCAUCAUUAAGGGAUUUGGUCGUGGCUCAAAAUUACUUGGCAUCCCUACAGCCAAUCUAUCAACAGAAGAUCAUUCAACUCUCCUUUCAAAAUAUCCUUCUGGGGUAUACUUUGGUUGGGCUGGAUUAUCAACACGAGGUGUUUACAAAAUGGUCAUGAGUAUUGGCUGGAACCCAUACUUCAACAACACCAAAAAGACUAUAGAGCCAUGGUUGCUUCAUGAAUUUAAUGAGGAUUUCUAUGGUGAGGAAUUGCGACUCGUUAUAAUUGGCUAUAUACGACCUGAGGCUAAUUUCCCCUCCCUUCAGAGGUUAAUAGCAAAAAUCCAUGAGGACAGAAGAAUCGCUGAGAAAGCCCUUGAUCAUCCAUUAUAUUCUAAAUACCAAAAUGAUCCCUGCAUAAAAGGCUCUCCGUCAACACAAUUGUGACAGACAGUAUUGUAUUCUCACCAUUAUAGGAUUAGUGCAAUCAAUACUAACAUGGUAGGCAUUGACGCAUUGUGCAUUAUUAUACGAUUGUGAGAAAUAAUGAAGAAAUACAAUAAUGAUUGCACUAUGGAGUUCUCCAGCUUAGAAUUUCAUACAAGGGCUAAGGAAGUGAAAUAUUAUAGCGUUUUUAGAGAUUUUGGGUUGCACUAUAGAAGUCGCAUCCAAUGCAAUUCGAAUUUAGAUGUUGUAAAUAAAUACGAAGGUGGUUU